AUGGCGGCAGGCCGCAACAACAUGGGCACAAACAUGGCUGACUAUGCCGACGACUGCUCUGAAAUAUUAGAUGACUUCACAAGUGGGGCUGAAAUACACCACUCACCCAUCUUGACUGCUCCUCUCCAGCCUCAUCCACAAGCAGACACCUCUCCGGUGACCACAACGGUGCGCUUCCUGAGCCACGGAGACAGAUCUGCAGUCCUUCAAGAGACGGAAAUCCAAACACCAAAUGUAUUUGAGA